CCUAGAAUCCAAGAUGGCGGGAUCCAGGCGAAAGCGUCCCCAGGCCAGAUCGCGACCGUUUUUCUAUGCCCUGCUGCUGUCUCUCAGUCGUCUCGUCGGGGGCGAUGGCCUGGGAGGCGACGCCAUGGCCGCCGGCGCCGCGGGCACGCCGGCCGAGCUGCCACACCGUCGUUUCGAGUACAAAUACAGCUUCAAGGGGCCGCACCUGGUGCAGAGUGACGGGACCGUCCCCUUCUGGGCCCACGCGGGGAAUGCUAUUCCAAGUUCAGAUCAAAUUCGAAUAGCACCAUCAUUAAAAAGCCAAAGAGGAUCAGUGUGGACAAAGACAAAAGCAGCCUUCGAGAACUGGGAAGUCGAGGUGACAUUUCGAGUAACUGGAAGAGGUCGGAUUGGAGCUGAUGGCCUAGCAAUUUGGUAUACAGAAAAUCAAGGUUUGGAGGGCCCCGUCUUUGGAUCAGCUGAUAUGUGGAAUGGUGUUGGAAUAUUUUUUGAUUCUUUUGACAAUGAUGGAAAGAAAAAUAAUCCUGCUAUAGUAAUCGUAGGCAAUAAUGGACAGAUCCAUUAUGACCAUCAAAAUGAUGGCGCCAGUCAAGCUUUAGCAAGUUGCCAGAGGGACUUCCGUAACAAACCCUAUCCUGUCCGGGCCAAGAUUAUCUAUUACCAGAAAGCAUUGACAGUAAUGAUUAAUAAUGGCUUUACACCAGACAAAAAUGAUUAUGAGUUUUGCGCCAAAGUGGAAAAUAUGGUUAUCCCCCCACAAGGGCAUUUUGGAAUAUCUGCUGCCACAGGAGGUCUUGCAGAUGACCAUGAUGUUCUCUCUUUUCUGACUUUCCAACUAACUGAGCCUGGAAAAGAGCCGCCUACACCAGAUAAAGAGAUUUCGGAAAAAGAAAAGGAAAAGUAUCAGGAGGAGUUUGAACACUUUCAACAAGAAUUGGACAAAAAAAAAGAGGAGUUCCAGAAGGGCCACCCCGACCUGCAAGGGCAGCCGGCAGAUGACAUAUUUGAGAGUGUAGGAGAUCGUGAGCUAAGACAAAUCUUUGAAGGCCAGAACCGUAUUCAUCUUGAAAUCAAGCAGCUGAAUCGGCAGUUGGAUAUGAUUCUAGAUGAGCAGAGAAGAUAUGUCUCGUCGCUGACAGAGGAGAUUUCUAAAAGAGGAGCAGGGGUCCCAGGGCAGCAUGGGCAGAUUAGUCAGCAAGAACUGGAUACUGUUGUGAAAACUCAGCAGGAGAUUAUGAGACAAGUAAAUGAAAUGAAGAACUCCAUGAGUGAAACGGUGAGGCUGGUGAGUGGCAUACAGCACCCAGGCGCUGCCGGCGUCUAUGAGUCCACGCAGCACUUCAUGGACAUCAAGGAGCACCUGCAUGUGGUGAAGAGAGACAUAGACAGCUUGGCACAGCGGAGUCUGCCAUCCAAUGAAAAACCGAAAUGCCCAGAACUCCCGCCGUUCCCGUCAUGUUUAUCUACUGUCCACUUUGUCAUAUUUGUAGUGGUACAAACGGUGUUGUUCAUUGGUUAUAUCAUGUACAGGACUCAGCAAGAAGCAGCUGCCAAAAAAUUCUUUUGACCAUCCUUUUUGUAUGUGUACAUCCUAUUGGGCUGAUGACCUAAAAUCUAUGUAAAGACUUGGUGAAGAGCUCCGCACUGUGGCAUACCCGUCCUGUGUGUGCAAACUGCCGCGCCGCUGUCUAUGUGGGCAUUGACUCUCAAACACUAAAAGAAUAUCGUAGUGGUCACUCUACUUCAGCCACUUCAGCAUUCAGAAUGCUGCUCUCACAGUUUUUUUUUUGUUGUUGUGUUAAUAUUUUGAAAUUCAUGUUUCAGAGACAUCAGCAUCACAGAAUUGACCAUUUAUCUCAUGAAAUAAAAUACCUUUAGAAGAAUUUGAAUUGUAGACCUAUGAAGCUUGGGAAAUCCUCUUGAGAUCAAAACCUGCCAAAUCCAGUAUUACUUUAAAGUCCCUGGUCACAUGUGCCUGAACAAGAAAAGGAUUUCCAGAUUUAUGCAGAAUCCAUAUUUCAGGCUAGAAUUCAAGGGGAAUCAUCCUGUCAUUCCUGAAACACAUGCAGGCAGUGAUCUGGGACAUGAGCUCAGUCAUGUAGUGCACGCAGGAGGCUUCUCUUACUGUUGGAAGCUUGGUUUGUCUUCCUCAAAAUCAUUGACUGUUAAGUUGCUCAUUUCUGAACAAAAGUGUUUGCUCUGUGGAAAAAUUAUAUCACUGCCAGAAUUUCAUUUUCUUUAUUCUUACAUGUAAUUGAAUUAAUUCACUUCUCUCUCACACCAGCAAGUAUUUUACAGGUGCCUUGAAUUAAAACAAAGUUUUGUUUUUCAAUUUUAAAUAUAGGUCAUUAUGUUUAUGAUGCCACUUUUGAAAAGAAAAUGCAAUUACUGUAAUUAUGGCUAAUACAUUUGUUUAAUAUACCUGUUAGUGUUCUAACUGUUGGAAUGUUUUAUUCAGCUUGAAACUUUACCAUGAAGUCACAAAUGAUAACCAGUGUUUUGUUAAUUUUUAAAGGUGGGUUGGUGUUUCUCAAAAUAUGGUCCCUAGGCCAUUUGGAUCAUGGAGUGUUUGUUAAUAAUACAGACUCCAGGGUUCAGUCCCAAGCCACUGCUUCAAACUCAGAAGUGGGGCUUCAAAGCUUAGUCUUGAGUGAGCAUAGUGGAUGGUUCUGAGCCCAGUAAUGGUUAGGAACCACUAAAGUGGGAGUAAAGAAAAUAGGUAUUUUGUCUAGUGCUGAACCGAGAGCAAGGCACUGAUUACUCACACCUAUGAUCUUAGCUUCUUAGAUAGCUGAGAUCUGAGAAUCAUAGUUCAAAGCCAGCUCAAGUAGAAAAGUCCAGAAGACUUUUCUAAUCUCCAGU